AUGUUCACAAAUAUGUCGAAACCCAAGAUAUUAUUGUCGCACAAUGAUUUUCCACCAGCAAUCAUUGCCAAAUUGAUGGAAACGUUUUACGUAAAAAUAAUCAACAAACCCAUGGUCGGUAGCACUUAUCAACUUCUAUUAGAUAACAUUCCCGGUACAUUUGGAUUGAUUAUAUCUGGGUGUAAAAUACCUAUAGACGAACAUUUGAUCGAAACAGCAGGUCCUAGUCUCAGGGUUAUCAGUUCAACAUCUAUGGGUUAUGAAUGCGUAGACACAAAUGCACUGAAGAAACGAGGAAUCGUAUUGGGGAACACUGUACACGCCACUACGGAUAGAGUCGCAGAACUCACAAUUGGUCUGUUAAUCGCUACGGCAAGAAAUGUUCUUGAUGCAAACCAACAGAUGAAAUCAGGUAAAUUGCCAACAUCACUCGGUACGGGCCUAACGAAUUCCGUAGUCGGCAUAAUUGGCUGUGGAAACAUUGGCAUUGCGGUGGCAAAAUUGCUGAGCGGGUUCAAAUUGAGUGAACUGCUGUACACAAGUCGUAAACCAAAGCCCGAGGUGGAAUGUCUCGGAGGACAAUUGGUGUCGAUCAACGAUUUAGUUGGACGCAGCGAUUACAUUAUUUUGGCCACGGUUUUGGUGCCCGAAACUAUGUAUAUCAUAAAUAAGGAUCGACUGGCACUCAUGAAGCCGAACGCUGUGAUAAUCAAUGUGGGUCGUGGCAAAUUAAUCAACCAAGAUGAUUUGGUCGAUGCUUUACGGACCAAACGUAUUCGUGGAGCCGGAUUAGACGUAACGACUCCAGAACCUCUUCCACCGGACCAUCCUUUGAUGACAAUGAAUAACGUUGUUAUUUUACCUCAUAUUGCUGGAAGAAACACUAUUGAAGCUGCUAUGGAAAAAGCACAGCUAACUAUCGAUAAUAUUUUUGCAGUAUUUAAUAACCAACCGAUGCCCGGUCAAGUAAAACUGUGA